AUGGAAAACGUCAGGAAUUUCCUUUCGCACGAGAACAGCGUAGUCUUGAAGCUGACACUCAGAAGUUUGAUAAAACUGGGUUACCAGGUAAUGAUAAAGUACAUUAUAACUGUUAGCACAUACGAGAGCCAAAAAACAUAUUUCUUGUUUGGAUUUAGUGCACGUUUGGUGUUCUCCAGUGUGGGAAUUAUGGUAUCCCACAAAGCAGGCAUCGUGCUUUCGUGAUUGGUGCAGCAGCAGGACAAACUUUGGCAAAGUUUCCAGAACCCACGCAUUGUUUUGCUUCGCGCCUCUCCGUCACUGUCGACAAUAAAAAGGUAUGUACGUUACUCUUGAUUGGCUUGAUUUUUAAAUUGGGUCCUACUCAUAAAAAUAAUAAAAAGAGAAUGCGUACUUGGUCAUAAUCAUAUCCCGCUUUUCUUCAUGUGUGCUCUUAUGAAUCGGCCAUAUCGAAUUUGACUAGGUGCGAAAACUCCAAAGUAUAGAAAGCUAAGACUAAGUUUUCAUUGCUCAAAAGUUUUGUCUUGCUGUCCAAUUUACAGUUUGAGUAAAAGUUUUAAAACAAGUCUUGGAAAGAACAACGACAAAUGUGAUUGCUAUAUUUGUACAGUUUGUACAGUGAAAAGUAUGGCCUAAACAUGAUUUAUUCUCCAAACAUUUUUGCAUACUUCAUUAUAAAAUUAUGAAAUGAGUGUUUUUUUUCUUCCUUCACUUUAGCCGUAUUUUAUACAGUCUUUUAUAUUAUGCCUAUUAUAUGAAUUAUGUUUUCUUCCAUAAAAAAAACUUUAUGUCAUAUUUUACAUAGUUUAUUUGAUUGUAUUUGCAAGAUUGUUCUGUGCAUAAGAGCACAUGACAGCAUGAGAUAUUGUACAUUCUUCACUAAGCAUUGCGCCAUUGAUAUCGUAUGGAAACUUUCGAUCCGUUGCUCCAAAAUUACCACCAGUGUUAAGAAGUGGUGCUUCAUUUAAGCUAUAGUAUAAUGAUCACACUUGAACACGUAUAGCUAGCUAUAUGAUUGAUCAGAACAAUCAUGCGACAUUAGUGGCGUGUUCAUAAUCUUUGAACACUGUGUAUUUUGUCUCUUUCGAAUUCAUAUUUCAUACAGUAAAGUUACUUGUUUGUUGGACACAUAAUUAAUAAAUAUGAUUACUUAAAACUGAUUACAAUAUACGAUCAUUAUCAUAUAAUCUCGAAUCCAAGAUAUUCGCCAAGUAAACAGGCGCGCAACUUAUCAACUACUAAGCUUGAAAUCUGUGCUUCCAUUAAGCUUUGCGCGCUUAGAGUUUAAGGCUUUUCAAAGGACAAUCUUUUUUGAAUUGGCUGUAUAUGCCAGAACCAAAAGGCAAGAAUUUUUCAAAUUUGGAAAAUGAAACUAUCUAAAAUAUGUCUUAUAAAUUCAUUGACAACUUUGCUUGUACUAUUGUCAUGCACUUGUAACAUAGAAUAUACGUGAUGAGAUUUUGAGACGGUUCACAUGAAUUAAUAGACUUAAUAAAUAUGUAAUAAUAUUUGUUUCCAUUUAUCUUUAUUUAGUAUGUUACUAAUGCUGUGCAUAAAAAUGCACCAUACAGGUCUUUGACUGUUCGUGAUGCAAUAGGAGAUCUUCCAUCAUUGGCCAAUAACAGAAACGUAAGUUUACAGUAUAGCUAGGACACAUAUUUUUUCCUAUUUGCAUUCUGAAGCGCGAAUUUCGUCAGCAUAUAUUGUUACAUCAACUGGUUAAACAUGUUUUUUUCAGUGUUGAAUAAAAAUAACAAUAAUAGACGCUUCACAACCAAAUAGAUUAUAAAAUAGAGGGAGGAAAUAGCCGGACAAAUUGACUAAAACAAAACGCAGACAAUUAGAUGUAUGGAUGGUGAUUACCGCCAAAAUUAAUGUUUGAAUUUUGCCUUCCAAGUUCUUGAUAUUGUUGUUCGUUCCGUGCUUUAAGAUAUCAAUGAAUUGAAUUUUGAUAUUCAAAAAUUGAAUUUUGAUGUUCGCAAUUGCAUUUGCACUUCUGUUUGCGCAUUCUGUCCUUAAGCAUUCCAUUGUGAUGACAUAACAUUAUGCGUGACCCUCAGAACACAAUUUUCAACUCCUAUUUAAUGAUAAUUUAUUGCAUUUAAUUGUCCCAAUUUUCGUCGAUUUCUACGAAAACAGCAAAGCAAAGCUGGUCCGAGUCCAUAUAUGUCCACAUUACAAACAAUCUACAAAAUAUAUUUAACAGUUAUUUACCAAGUGGGGGUGAAUAGUGUAAGGAUAUUGGUAUCUUUCAGCUGAGGUAUAUAACUGUUUUAACAUAUACCUAAAUAAAGGCGUAUAACUGUUUUAACAUAUACCUAAAUAAAAACGCGUGCAAUGCACGUGAACACACAUGACAAGAUCAGGUAACAACCUGAUUAAACAAACAACAUGUUCAAGUUGUGAUGCGGUUAAUGUUCAACAAAUUUGUUGAAAAAGGAAAAUAUUGUAAAUGUUCCGAUCAUUCUCGGCAGUAAAAAGCUUUAAUGAGUAUUGGUGCUGUUCGACGGGAAAUACGUUAUGUCAAUAGUUUUGGGUUUCUUGGGACAGCCUGUAGAUUUUGAGAAAUUUCAGCUAAUUGUCUUUUGUCUUUAAUGUAGCCUGAAAACAGACCUACGCUUAGCCCGCCCUAAAGGGCGAAACGCAAACAAAAUCAUCCCCUUCCGCCCACUUUCCGUUCUGAUGAUGAUUGACACAUUUACAUAUAACACCUAAAAGUACAAUGAAAGUUGUCGAUUCACUUUAUUGAAAGUUUGUAAACAAAGUAAGAGUCGAUAAGUACAGAUGUUUGAAUACAUAUUAAAAAUAUUGGUAACUCCAUGCAGUAUGUUGCUAAUUGUAUAUACUAUUAGCAAACAGUUACAGCUAGUAUAAAUAAUACAACAUUUUCAACACAUUCUAUAAAUGCAAUAAAAUCUGCCUACGCAAAUUUGCCAAUGGCCAUGUCCCAUUUUUGAAAUGCAUCCAAACUAUUACAAUUCCUACAUUUUGAAACCACCAUACAAUGUUAAAAUCUAAAUAAAAUAUUUUGCACGUACUAUGUUAUCCGCCGCUCUAGGCUAGUUUGGCUAACUGAGAUAAAGCUUGUCACAAAUAUAUUUACUUCGCAUCGGAAAUGGACAUGAAUUAUCUUCAAGACAACUUUAUAGAACUGAUGUAUUCGGAAUAUUACUUUCAAAGUUUAAGCCGCGGCCAAUAUAUUUUGAUGUCAAUAUCUUAGUUAGACCGUUUUAUACGUCGAAUGCAAGUAAGACAAUAGAUAAUGAGAUGACAAACCUCAUUAAGCUUCAUUAUCUAUUGUUUGAAAUUCGACGUAUAAAACGGGCCUUAAUGACUACGAUCGUUAUUGUAACGAAAGAAUAAGAAUACUCUGUGUCUAACAAAUAAAUGAAGAUGAUUUACCCUAUCACUUACAAUUUGUUAAAUAGUAGGAAUACUAUAUAUGUUUUAAAGCCAGACAAUCAACCCGCCAGGCCAUAGGCGUACCGGGCAGCCCCUCAGUUUUUUGGGCAGUCGGGCAAUAUUCGAUCAACAGUCGGGCAAUAAUAGUCGCCAAAAUAAUUUUUCCGGAAAAAAUUUUUUGUUACUAGUCGGGCAGAAUCCCGAAAAGUCGGGCAAUUUUCUUUCCGCCCCCCUAAUUUUUUCAUUCCGGUACGCCCAUGCGCCAGGCUCUUAUAAGUCUUAGUGCCCUAGACAGAAUACUCGGCAAAUAUAUUCAAUUACUGUUUUGAAAACAUUACCAGACAACAGGAAUUAAGAUCUGCUAAAAAAUUUAAAUAUUCAGGAUAUAUGACGAUAACUGACGAAUGUGACUGGUUUACCAAUUGUGACGUGCUUCCGAGUAUGACGUAUACUGUAGUAAGGUUCAAAACAAUCAGGCAAUCAAGCGACACGAUGACAUAGUGGCUAUCACACAAAAAUGUAAUGUCCCCCAUAAUCAAUAUUCAUUGAUUUAUUUUUUAUUUUUCAAACAAUUCGCAAGCAUUACAACUUCCGUAAUUAAAACAUUGUAAAAGCUUUUAUUAAUUUUAUUUAUUAAAAAUAGUUUCAAAGGGAGCCUUUAAACCCUGUUGCCUUUUUGUUGUUCGAAGGAACUCCAGCUUCGUUUCAUAACAAAAUGUCUUGGUCUGAGAUCGUAACAAAACUCAAAAUCAGUAACUAGUAAGGUCAGGAACAAGGUGAAAAAGAAUAUUAGAUAUCAGACUUUGUCCUGGUUAAUGAAUAACGACUUCAGAGUAAAUUCACCAGAUGAUAGCAUCUGGAAAUUUGUGGACGAUGUCUUGAUUUCUGAACACCUUACAUCGAAUACCGCUUCUAUUACUCAAUCGACCGUUAAUUCUAUUCAUUUAUUGGCUUCCAACAACCCUCAAUCGACCUUUAAUUCUAUUCAAUUAUUGGCUUCCGACAACAAGAUGAUGACUUAAAAAGUGCAAGGAACUCUGAGUCUAUUAUCUCAAGAAAACGCGGAACUUGUACCCUUAAUUGGAAACGGUGCGAUCCCGUGAAGUAGGAUUAACUAUUCAAAACAACGACGAGCAUAUUUUGUCAAUAGUGACUAAGGCAUCCAAACGUUUACAUGUACUCCGGGUUCUAUGCCGUAGUGGCUGCUGACCUUAUCAAUAUUCAAUAGGUGCUGAUAGGCUUAAUUUUAGAAUACCAUUGCGACGGCGUACAGAAAUGCGCUAACUUGCUACUUGUCCGAUGAACUGGAAAAAGUGCAAAAUCGAGACAUGUAAUAAAAACACUGACUACAACGGAACACCGCCAGAGCAACGGAAUACCUCCGGAACAACUAAACAAAAUCCAAAAUGGCGGCAAAUUAUGAAGAGCAGUAAAACUAAAGUAUUAGUUUGGUUUUUUUUUGUAAAAGCACGUAAAAUGCCAAAGCUCUAACCCUUGAAUACAAAGAGUAUUUACUCAUAUUGAUUUGGGGGCAAAUAACGAAAAGUUUAGGAGAUAUAUUCAAGUUUUUUUCUCCAAAUGAAAUUCAGAAUGUUGGCCCCUGGGUGAGUAAAUGUAUGAUUGUUUUGGUUUGUGUAAUGUUUUGACGGCAUUUGAAAGGUUAUUUUGUGAGGAUUUCAAUGGUGUUUCUCGUCAAAGGGAGGCGUAAAUACUCGCGAAAAUAUUCACAUUAGAAACAAUUGAAUCCUAAUACUGCACAGUAAUUGCGAAUAUGACAGGAUACAUUUAUUUGGAAGCGCAGUUAAUUUUCACAUUUGCUAUUACAUUUGCUAUUAAUUUUCACACGUGCUAUUACAAACAAAAACCAAACUAACACUUACUAUGUUACUUUAUUAGGUCAUAUUAUGUCUAUUCAUAAUUUACCGCCAUUUUGGAUUUUGUUUAGUUAUUCGGGUGGUAUAUUCCGUUGUUCCGGUGGUAUAUUCUGUUGUUCCGGUGGUAUUCCAGAAGUCGGUGUUUAAAGCCUGGUUCACAUUGAUCGGCGAUGUUCUACGAUCCAUUGUCUGUGAGCAACGAAGAAGAAAAUGCACAAAACAUUUUAUGCAUCAAUGACCACCGACAAUGGGCAUCGCCGAUGUUUACGAUGAAUGUGAACCAGGCUUUACUACAUGCCCAAAAGCGAGCUAUGCGCGCGGCGAAGCCAGCCCGACAAUUUCGUCAUGCUAUGCAAAUUUUAAAUCAUUAUCAAUAUUCAUUUCUUUAGAAACUGUCUUCACGGUGUAUGAAGACGGAAAUAUUUGCAUAGCUUGACCAAAGUGUCGGGCUGGCUUCGCCACUGGCUAUGCGUGUUAUCCUUCCUCAUUCGUAUGAUAAAGCGCCGCAGUUAGAUAGCUGCCCAAAUUUGAACGACGGACAAUUGUAUGAUCAUGAAGAUCUCUAAUGGUACGAAAAAAAAUUUUCUUUGUCUUGUGAGUUCUGGGUUGGACCUAAUGACUUUAACACAAAGAAAAUUUUCUUGUCCGUUCCAAUCCACGAAUAAUUUUCCCGUAUUACCCAGGAUAGAAAUUGCGCUCAUCAGCACUAUGUAAUAAUAAUGUAAUUAGGAAUUCUAAUAAUUUGUCAUUGUACAAGUGAAGAACAGAAAGCUUGCAAUUGUUAUGUAUAAUAUUAAAUUUGCUAAAUUGCUAAGGGAAUCUCAUGGUAGAUUAAUUGAACCGUGAAUACAAACUAAUGGACCUUUAUCCUUAUAACUAAAAUUUUGAUCUAGACGAAAAUUUCAUCACAGCUUGAAAAAGCAUCACAAAAUUAGUAAUAUUCCAAAGUUUCGUUACGAAAUGAAGUUUGCAAUUUUCAGUCAUUUUAGAUUACAAACGGGAAAUUGAUACCCAAAUCGGGUGUUUGGGUAUCAAUUUCCCGUUUGUAAUCUAAAAUGACUGAAAAUUGCAAACUUCGCAAGGCUAUAUUAUCCGCAUUUUACAACAUUUAGCAACGAAACUUCGGAAUAUUACUAAUUUUGUGAUGCUCUUUCAAGCUGUGAUGAAAUUUUUGUUUAGACUUAUCUAGAUCAAAAUUUUAGUUAUAAGGUUAAAGGUCCAUUGAGCACGAAAUUUAUUUGUAUUUACCAAAAUUUUGGUGACAGAGAGAAAUUAUUAUCGAUAUUGCAUGCAAGUGCUUUUCAUUACUUCGGUAGAGACAAAAUUCUAAACCACAAAUAUAUAGUAUACAUAGGAAAAACAAUAUCUUCCCUGUUAACUUAAGUGAUUUUCUUUUCACAAGUAGAAAUGAAGAAAAUCCAAAACACACUGUCAAAAAAAAUCUGUUGUUGCUUGGUUUUCGUGUGAAAGCACGCUUGCCCCAUAUCGCCCCGCAUCACAAAUCGAUCAGUGAAGCUUCUGGCGUUGCACCGCCCUAAAUAUAAGACUACCCUAAUUUACUGAUAAUGUUAUAUUUUUGCUCUUUGUUUCAUUUCUGGCGUUUCAGCGCCAUCAUACACACCUACAAAAGAGGUUUUGAUCAUUUUACUGUCAUUUCAUCUUACUAUAUUAAUUGCUGUUUACUUUUCCGCUUUUAGAGACAUGGUAAUAUCAAAGAUCAUGUCUGUAGACGCCCAUCAGCAAUUGAUUAUGAAAGAAUUUUGAGAAUUCCACAUGAACCUGGCGCUGACUGGAGAGAUCUCCCUAAUACGAUCGUUCCGCUCCCCAAUGGAAGGCAUGCUGCGAAGCUGUAA